AUGACAUCAUGGUCAUUAUUUCGCAUCAUCUGUUUAUUUCAUGCUUGCAUCAAUGUUAUGAUGGGUUCAUCUAUGGUGCUUAGUAUAAGUACAGUUUCUCGUUUAGCACAUGUUGAAGAAGUGACAAAAAAAUUACACUUAACUGAUGACGAUGAGAAAUCUCGAUUGAUACAAACAUCAGAAUCUUUAGUUGGCAUGAUGCUGAUCUUUAUUGGUAUUCUUCUUUAUAUGAUAUCUUAUCUUGAGGACAUAGCAUUUCAACGAUAUUUUUCUAAAGGUUGUAUUUUAAUCCAUGUAUUAUUAGCCAGUUGGAGAAUAUUUGUUGAAGCUCAAGUUCAAACAUUACAAAAAGAUGUUAAAGGACAAAUUAUUAUGGAUUUAAUCUUUGCUGGAACAUGGUUGACAAUCCUCUUUCGUAAUCGAUAUCAAAACAAAAUAGUGAAGAAUAAAUGA